CCCUCUCUUCCUUCAAACGAAACAAACCCCAAAAAUCAAAAAGCUGUGAGCUCUCCUUCUAUUGAAGCCACUUUGGAAGAGAGCAUCGACUAGUUGGGAAGAUUUCUAGUAGCGAGCUUCUUCUUCACUUCGCGAGUUAUGGGAGACAGCGAGGCCAUGGUUGCCGAAGGAUAUACUUCUGCUGCAUAUGGAGGUUAUAAUGCUUCUUCUGCCACUGAGGAAUCGACAGGGCAAGAGACUGCACCGAAUGUUGAUCCAUCACACCCGGUCAAUAAUGAUGCUUUGGUCAAUGGGACUGGCCAUGGAGUUGAAACUGUGCCAGCUGAGAAUGGAAGUGUAACAGAUAAUGUGGCUGUAACAGCUCCAGCAGCGGAGCAUGGAGACAAUCUUGGCUCUACUCUCUCACCAGAAGAGGAGCGCUUGUGGAAUAUUGUAAGGGCUAAUUCCUUAGAGUUCAAUGCUUGGACUGCCCUGAUUGAAGAGACGGAGAGGAUAGCUCAGGACAUUAUAGCAAAAAUCCGAAAGGUGUAUGAUGCUUUCCUAGCUGAAUUUCCUUUGUGUUAUGGCUAUUGGAAAAAGUAUGCGGAUCAUGAGGCUCGAGUUGGGGCAAUGGACAAGGUGGUGGAGGUUUAUGAAAGAGCAGUGCAGGGAGUGACUUAUUCAGUGGACAUCUGGUUGCAUUAUUGCACUUUCGCCAUCAACACAUAUGGAGAUCCAGACACGAUCAGAAGGCUUUUUGAACGGGCUCUGGUUUACGUUGGAACUGAUUUUCUUUCCUCUCUAUUGUGGGACAAAUACAUCGAGUACGAGUACAUGCAGCAGGACUGGAGCCGACUUGCGAUGAUAUAUACCAGAAUAUUGGAGAAUCCAAUUCAAAAUCUUGAUAGAUAUUUCGGCAGUUUUAAGGAACUAGCUGAGACACGGCCUCUAUCGGAACUCAGGAGUGCUGAGGAAGCUGCAGCAGCAACUGCUGGUGUUGAUACUUCUGAAAGUGCACCAUCUGAGUCUGGUGGAAAGGCAGAUGAAGGACAAUCCCAAGCUGAUAGUUCUACCGAAAAAUCCCCUAAACUGGAAAGUGCUGGUUCAACUGAUCCUGAGGAGUUGAAGACAUACGUUGGCAUCAGAGAAGCCAUGUAUAUCAAAGCAAAAGAGUUUGAAUCCAAAAUAAUUGGCUUUGAAAUGGCUAUAAGGAGGCCCUAUUUCCAUGUGCGGCCUCUCAAUGUCGCUGAGCUGGAGAACUGGCACAAUUAUCUGGACUUCAUAGAAAAGGAUGGAGAUUUCAAUAAGUUAAGUAGUAUCUGGUGCAUCAUAUGCUUGAUUGGGUUUCCAUUGGAUCAAGCAACUUUUAAAUGGGAAAUAACUGAGACCAAAGCAUGGGGCUCGAUUUGUUCCAAUGUUAUUAAUGCAGGUGUCUUCCUAACAAUCUGUCUGUCAGGCAUGGAGGGUCCCUCUGUGGUCAAGCUUUAUGAAAGAUGUGUGGUUGCCUGCGCAAAUUACCCAGAAUACUGGAUUCGAUAUGUAUUAAAGAUGAAAGCAAGUGGAAGUACGGACCUUGCAGAUAAUGCCCUCGCUCGAGCAACUCAAGUCUUUGUCAAGAAACAACCAGAGAUUCACCUUUUUGCUGCUCGAUUGAAAGAGCAGAAUGGGGAUAUAGCUGGUGCAAGAGCUGCAUACCAAUUAGUGCACUCUGAAAUUUCAUCUGGACUUCUUGAAGCAGUAAUCAAACAUGCGAACAUGGAGAACCGACUAGGUAAUCUGGAUGAUGCUUUCACUUUGUAUGAGCAAGUAAUUGCUGUUGAAAAGGGGAAAGAACAUUCCCCAUUACUGCCACUGCUGUAUGCUCAGUAUUCAAGGUUUUCAUACUUGAUUUCCAGGGAUGCUGAGAAAGCUAGGAGGAUUUUAGUCGAAGCACUUGACCAUGUACAACCAUCAAAACUUUUCAUGGAAGCACUAAUUCAUUUUGAGACAAUUCAGCCACCACCAAGACAGAUUGAUUACCUUGAGCCACUUGUCGAAAAAAUUAUCAAGCCAGAUGUUGAUUCCCAAAACAUUGCAAGUGCCACUGAGAGGGAAGAGCUAUCUUUAAUAUAUAUAGAGUUCUUGGGUCUUUAUGGAGAUGUGAAGUCCAUAGAGAAAGCAGAAGAUCAACAUGCGCAACUGUUUUUACCUCGUCGGAGCACAUCAGAGCUGAAAAAGCGUAGCGCAGAUGAUUUUCUCUCAUCAGAUAGGACAAAAAUGGCGAAAACAUACAAUGGCACUCCACCUGCUCAGCCAGUAUCCAAUGCAUAUCCAAAUACUCAGACUCAAUGGUCUGGUGGUUAUGCUGCGCAGCCUCAGACUUGGCCACCAACACAAGCUGCUCCUGCUCAACCGCAGCAAUGGAACCCUACUUACGGUCAACAGGCUGCUUAUGGUGCAUAUGGGGGAUAUCCCGCCGGCUAUACCGCCCCACAAGCACCACCACCUGUGCCACAGGCUGCUGCUUAUGGUGCAUAUCCUGCUCAGACAUACCCAACUCAGAGCUAUGCACCUCCAGUUGCAGCUGCAGCACCAGUGGCUGCGCCGGUGCAGCAACCUGCUGCUGCUGCUCCACAAGCUUACUACAAUGCGUACUACUGAACUGAUUCACUGUUGCGGGUCGUUUUUGUAGCGAGAUUUAUAACCAUUUGCUUUACCUACUCAAAUUUUAGUGUCUGAAUGUUUACUCGUCUCUCUUUUCUCGAUCAGUGACAACAGAAUUUUACAUUUCUUCAGUUGCGUGAUCCGUAAAGGUUCUCGGGUGUAGCUGGUUAUCAUUACAGAUUGUAACCAGAGAAUUAGAAUUGAUGAGCCGGUUAGUGCGGUUAAAUUACCUUAAGUU